UGUUCUGAGAUCACAUACAAAAAUGGUGAAGGCUGUAGCUGUCCUUAGCAGCAGUGAGGGUGUCAGUGGAACUAUCUUCUUCACCCAAGCAGCAGAUGGCCCAACCACCGUAACUGGUGAAAUUUCUGGCCUAAAGCCGGGGCAUCACGGCUUCCAUGUUCAUGCCCUUGGUGACACAACAAAUGGCUGCAUGUCGACUGGCAAAGUUAGCUUCUCAAUUAUCGACAGUCAGAUUCCUCUUACUGGACCAAACUCCAUUGUUGGAAGGGCUGUUGUUGUCCACGCUGAUCCUGAUGAUCUUGGCAAAGGGGGACAUGAGCUCAGUAAGACUACUGGAAAUGCUGGGGGCAGAGUUGCUUGUGGAGUCAUCGGUCUCCAAGGUUGAAGAAUCAUUUCCAGAAAUAUUAGAAUCAGUUGAAAAGCCCGCGGAUCACAUGCUGCCUUACCGGUUUUUGGCAGUAAACUCGGUGACUAGAAACUCUUUGAAUAAAUGGAGAUUACUUGUUUGUGUAUUUUGGGUUAGACUGGUUUUUGUGGUCUUAAAAUUGUGAGUUGUUCUUGUUAUUGCUCUGAAUAGCUCUCCUCUUAUCAGCAUUAUAUCAUCAUCCCUGAAAUUUUCAUGCCCCA